AUGAAGAGUAUAGCCACUGUGCCGACGGCCGAAGUGCUUAUAGACACAUGUCUCUCCAGAACAAACAGAAGAACGCCGACAGAAGUGCACAAGCACUACCAAAUAGGAAGAAUCCGGGAGUUUUACACGCGAAAAGUAAAGUUUUCGUCCUCUAUGUACGUGGGAAAGCUGAAUGACAUACUGAACGAGUUUCCCAAGGUGGACGAGGUGCAUCCAUUUACCGCAGACUUGAUAAAUGUGCUGUACGACAGAGACCAUUACAAGAUGGCGCUCGGGCACAUAAAGACAGUUGCGUCUGCAAUAGGCAGGACGGAAAAAGAGUACACGAAGUUGAUCAAGUAUGGAGACUCUCUGUACAGAUGCAAGCAGCUGAAAAGAGCUGCGCUUGGUAAGAUGUCCACGAUGGCGAAGAAGCUGGCCAAAACCCUCGUAUAUCUAGAAGAGGUCCGGCAGAGCCUGAUGCGCAUGCCAGACAUUGACCCAGUCACGCGUACUCUGAUAAUAUGCGGGUACCCGAAUGUUGGAAAGAGCAGCUUCAUGAACACAGUGAGCAGAGCCAAGGUGGACGUGCAGCCAUACGCCUUCACAACGCGAAACUUGUACGUGGGGCACUUUGAUUACAAGUAUUUGCGGUGGCAGAUAAUCGACACGCCGGGGGUUCUGGACCACCCAAUCGAAGACAUGAACACGAUUGAAAUGCAGAGCGUGACAGCGCUGGCACACCUGCGCGCGGCCAUUUUGUACUUCAUUGACCUAAGCGAAACAUGCGGGUACUCAAUCGAGGCGCAGAUAGGGCUUUUCCGGAGUCUUUCGCCGCUGUUCGAGGGCAAGCCGGUUGUUUUUAUUCUGAGCAAGUCCGACAUAAAGAAGCUUGGGGAGCUGAGCGCUGCCCACCAGGAAAUGGUGCGCGAGCUUGUGGGAAACAACCCGUGCGUGGAAAUGUCUUCCCUGGAGGAGAACAACGUGGACUUUGCAAAAAACACGGCGUGCGAGCACCUUCUGUCGCACCGGGUGGAGCUGAAGCUGCAGGAGAAGCGGCUGGAGGAGUUCCGGGUGUUCCUGGACAUAAAGAAGCCCAAAGUGGACCCCGAGCACAAGAGAGUUGCGCAAACAGACGAGUUUGGAAAGAGAGGGGCCACGCAGAACGAGCUGAGAAAGAAGGCGGAGGAGCAGGGCAUAAAAUUCUUUUCCGACCUAAAUGCGCAAUACUUCAUAUGUGACGAGUGGAAGUACGACACAAUUCCAGAGAUAAUGAAUGGAAAAAACAUUUCAGACUACGUGGACAUUGACAUAGAGGCCAAGCUGCAGAAGCUGGAGGAGGAAGAAGACUACUACAUGCAGGAGGUAUACAACAAGGAGUAUGCGCUUCUGGACAGGUCCGAGCAGGACAAGAAGCAGAGAAUCAUCAACUCGAAGAUCCUGAAGCGGCUCAAGGGUCUGGACAAGGAGAGAGAAAGCCUUCCUGCCAAGAUGAAGACCACUGCCAUGUGCAAGAAGCUGGAAGCCAGGGAGAGAGCGGCUGCAGAAGGCGUUCCUAUGGAAAUAGACGACCCGAUUAAGGCAAGGCUGAUGCCCAGGCAGGCGAAAGUUGUCCCGCUUACCCUGGAGGAAACAAGACUGCUCAAGCGAAAGGACAAGCUUAAGGAGAAAAAACUCAGAGGAAAGGAAGACGAGCGCGACAGAAUGCAUCUUUCAGAGCGGCCCAUGCACCUGUUCAGCGGAAAGAGAAGUAACGGAAAGGCACAGAGAAGAUAA